AUGAAUUCCUUCACUCUGGGCCUCGACAACUUUGAGCUUAGCCUCGACCGCACGAAGCUCUGGGAUACACUGCAUGAGCAUCGCGCUAUAGUAUCGAUUACGAUUGUUGUGCUGCUCGCUUUAUACAGGCUGCUCUUUGUAUAUACCCAGGAUGAGAGGGAGCCAAAGUUGAUCAAACCGAGAAUUCCACUCAUUGGACAUGCGAUUAAUGUCUAUCGGUUUGGGUCGAGGCAUUUCGUUGGAAUCGCUAAGAAAUGCGGUCUUCCGAUCUACCUCCUCCCCGUCCCCGGCGGCCGUAUCGCCAUUGUAACCACCCCCGAACUUCUCUCGCACGUGGACAAACAACCCAAAGCCAUCGCAUUCGCGCCCAUCGCUGCGCUAGUCAUUGACAAGCUCUCGGGCCUCUCCAAAGCCGGUUCCAAAACUGUGCUGGAUAGAACCAUGGGUCCGGACAAGAUGGACGGGUACAUGAACGCCGUGAUGGUCGACAUUCAUGCUACGCUAGCGCCGGGACCAAAGCUGGAGGCUGUUACGACGCAGGUGGCGUAUAACUUGAAUGACAGUAUGGCGGAGCUGCAUGGAGAAACGACGCGGAUGAACCUGCUGUAUUGGUUCCGUCAUGUGUUUGGAAUGAGCUCGACGAAUGGGAUUUAUGGGCCGGAGAAUCCGUUCAAGGAUCCGAAGGUUGAGGCUGGUUUCUGGGCGUUUGAUGAUAACAUCUCCGACCUCCUCAUCACUCCGAAAGCUAGCCUGACCUGCCCAACCGGUGAUAGUGGUCGAGCAAAUGCCUGGGCAGGCUUCGCCAAAUACUUCGAGAAUAGCGGACACUUGAAGGGAUCUGAGCUUGUCAAGAUCCGUCAUCGACAUGCCGCCGAGCGCGGCUGCUCUGAUCUUGAUAUUGGCAAGCUCGAAGUCACUAUGAUUAUCGGCAUCCUGACCAACACCGUCCCAACAAUCUUCUGGGCCACAUAUUAUGUUUACCGCGACGCCGACCUACUCGCCUCUCUGCGCGAGGAGAUCAGCAAGAUCGCUACACUGGCGAAGAAGGCUGAUGGCAGCCGCAUAUGGACAAUCAAGAACGUCGACUUGAAGAACAGCGCACCGCUCCUCACAGCUACUAUCAACGAGACGUUCCGCCACCGCACAUGCGGUAUCUCUUCACGUUUCGUGACGGAAACCACCACCCUCAAGGACCAAUACCUCCUCAAAAAAGGCACUAUUAUGGAACUACCCAACAACGUCAUCCAUUCCAACCCCGAAUACUGGGGUCCCACAGUCAAUGAGUUCAACCCCAAACGCUUCCUCGCCGACCCGCGAUCUGCGGAGGCCAAAGCCGCGCGUGGUGCAUUCCGGCCAUUCGGUGGUGGUGCCAGUCUGUGUGCUGGCAGGCAUCAAGCGAUGAGCCAGAUGUUGGGCGGAUUGGCGCUUUUUAUUAUGGGAAACGAUUGCACUCCUGUCCAUAAUAGAGGCGAGUGGAAGUUCCCCGGUGCGCAUGGGCAUACGAUUGCUGCGGCGGUGGAUUUGCCGAGUACUGAUUUGUGGUUGGAUGUUAGCCCACGGAAGGGGUAUGAGGCGGACUUUUGGGUGUUGAAUCCGGAGGCGAGGGAGUAG